CUUGUACCGUCCAAGUCAAUGCUGAUUCCAAUGAAACAUACAAGAAAAUGGUCAAAACCAUGACCAACAACACCCCAACCCCCUACGGCAUCAUACCACGACGAAGACGAUCUUCAACCACGACUCUCACGAUAACCAAACAUUUGUCAGAGCCUACUGCGGAAGACAACGAACAAGACAUCUAUUCAACAUCUCCAAAUUCAGAUGAUAUGUCGCUAUCGCCAUCUAUGUUCUCAAAAUUUUCAAUAUCACCACCGUCGUCAUUUACGUCGUUCUUAUCUACCUUUUCCACUGAGUCUCCACCAACGUCCGCAGCCGCGAAAUUGACCUUACCACUGGUCUCUCCUCCCCAGUCGACGCAUGCUCUAAUAUCACAUCUGGAUGCCGUUGCACCUGUUGUAGCCCCACAAAGCACCUCUAUUGCUUUAUUGUCACGAUUAUUACAGGAUCAUUAUAGCAAUGCAAAAUCAUCCCAAGAAGAAACUGCAAAUGAUUUCACGACUGCAUUACGUGACGCAGCCAGUCUGCUUCGUGCUCCUUUGAAGCUGUUUUCGACCGGUACAUACAUCAAAGAACCUGCCACCACCCCCAUAGCUGAUGCUGCAUGCGAGGAUGAUGGCGAUUCUGCAUAUUGGUCACAACCAAGCGAAAAAGAAUCCUCCGUCGUUAAAUCUGUGCUCCCUCCAAGGUACAACCGAGACAUCAGAGCCAAUCCUGAUCAUCUUCGUAUGAUUGUCGCGGAGAUGAACAUGAUGAGGUCGCGAAAAAUCGUUUGUCCAUUGCGACCAAGGACUUAUCUGCAUAAGCGCGUUGACCAUUUCCAACUGGACCAAACAAGUCGCCUUCGGUUUGAACUGCUAGCCGAUGGCCAAUAAUAUCCCAAAAGAUUCCUCGCUCAAACCACCCACUCAUGAUUUGUAAAAUACCCAAUCCAAAUUUCCGUCCUACUUGUGUUCCUAUUACUAUUUUCCCCCAUCUCUCAAAUUUUUUUUCUAACUUACCCCAAUCGUCUACACCAUUACGUAACUUAGCCUGGAGCAUAGUUUUGUUUAUAUACCCUCAUAGCACCAUCACGUG